AUGGCGCUGCGGCGCCUCCUGCUGCUGCUGCUGCCGCUGCUCUCGCUCCAGCCCCUGGACCUGCUGCCCGGCGCCUGGGGCGCCCGCGGCCGCGCCGCCAACCGGACCCUGAGCGCCGGCGCCGCGGCCGUCGGGGGCCGGCGGCCCGGGGGCGCCCUGGCCCGGGGCGGCCGCGAGCUGAACGGCACCGUCCGGGCGCCCGGUGGCCCGGAGGCGGGGAGCCGGCGGGGGCAGCCCGCGGCGGCGGUGGCGGCGGCGGCCAGCGCGCCCGUCACCUACGAGACGUGCUGGGGCUACUACGACGUGAGCGGCCAGUACGACAAGGAGUUCGAGUGCAACAACAGCGAGAGCGGCUACCUGUACUGCUGCGGCACCUGCUACUACCGCUUCUGCUGCAAGAAGCGCCACGAGAAGCUGGACCAGCGCCAGUGCACCAACUACCAGAGUCCGGUGUGGGUGCAGACGCCCAGCACCAAGGUGGUGUCGCCGGGGCCCGAGAACAAGUACGACCCGGAGAAGGACAAGACCAACUUCACCGUCUACAUCACCUGCGGGGUGAUCGCCUUCGUCAUCGUGGCCGGCGUCUUCGCCAAGGUCUCGUACGACAAGGCCCACCGCCCUCCUCGGGAGAUGAACAUCCACAGGGCUCUGGCCGACAUCUUAAGACAACAGGGACCAAUCCCCAUAGCACACUGUGAAAGAGAAGCUAUCUCGGCUAUCGAUAGCUCUCCCAAAGAGAACACGCCGGUCAGAUCAUCCUCCAAAAACCACUACACUCCCGUGCGCACGGUCAAGCAGACUCCAGGACAUUAUGGGAAGGAUGCUUACCGAAGUGGAGGACCUGAUCUCCAUAACUUCAUCUCAUCUGGAUUUGUCACGUUAGGAAGAGGACACACGAAGGAGAAGCCUCGGAUGAACAACAUCCUGACAUCGGCCACCGAGCCCUAUGACCUCUCCUUCUCCCGCUCCUUCCAAAACUUGGCCCACCUGCCCCCAUCCUACGAGUCCGCAGUGAAGACCCAUCCCAGCAAGUACUCAUCCCUGAAGAGGCUAACUGACAGGGAGGCAGACGAGUAUUACAUGAGAAGGCGGCACCUGCCCGACCUGGCCGCCCGUGGCACCCUCCCCCUCAACGUCAUCCAGAUGUCCCAACAGAAGCCGCUGCCGCGAGAGCGACCCCGCCGGCCCCUCCGGGCCAUGUCGCAGGACAGGGUCCUGUCCCUGGAGCGGAGCCUGCCGGAUGAGUUCUGCAUGCCCUACGACCGCAUCCUGUCGGACGAGCAGCUGCUCUCCACGGAGCGCCUGCACUCCCAGGACCCGCUGCUGUCCCCGGAGCGGACGGCCUUCCCCGAGCAGUCCCUGUCGCGGGCCAUCUCGCACACGGAUGUCUUUGUGUCCACGCCCGUGCUGGACCGCUACCGCAUGACCAAGAUGCACUCCCAUCCCAGUGCGUCCAGUAACUCCUGCGCCACCCUGGGCCACAGCCAGACGGCGGCCAGGCGCCAGGCCUUUGCCUCACGCAGACACAACACCGUGGAACAGCUCCACUACAUCCCAGGCCACCACACCUGCUACACAGCCAGCAAGACAGAAGUGACCGUGUGACCGGCGGGGCAGGCAGGCCAGGGGUCGAGAGGGGCCUGGAGCAGAGCUUCCGGCUCUGGAUGGCUCCCUUCCCUCAACCCCUCUGUAGGAGCUGGGGGUGCACCGCCUUUGCCCGGAAAGCCAUAUUCCUGGGACACGGCCGGUGGCCUGGCACAGCUCACUCGGACCUGGGAUCUAGAGCGAUCACCCUCACUCUUCCAGAAGAAGGGAAGGGGAGGGAGGAGUGGGGCUAGGCCCCAGUCCCGCCCCCCUCCCCCCACUGUCACCAACUCCCUUUCAGUCCCACAUCCCCUCUCCCCGUGCUGGAGACCCUGGCCUGACCCUGGCCCGAAGCUGCCUGGGUUUGAAUUGGCCAGUGGGUGCAGUCAACGGGCUGACCCUGACCGAAUAGGCUACUCGGUCUCAUUCAUUUACUUAAAACCGCAUCACAGAAAUCUUCUAGUGCCUAAAAACUGCCUGCUCGCUCUCUCAGAGCCAGGGAGCUGCUGUGUCCAUAAGCACAAUAAUGAUUCUCUUCUGCCUGCUGGAACUCUCUGGUCCCCACUGGGUGGCCCUUCCUCCGCCGACGCCCUGGGGCCCUGUGCCCCUCCCCUAAGCCCCGGGACAGCGAGGGGUCCCCUUCCUUCAGCUGCCUCUCCAGGGGUGGGAACCCCGCCCCAUUCCAGCUGGCUGCCCCGCCCACAAGGCUCUGCCCCUCCCCCAGCCUUAGAUUCCACCCCUGGGUUCGCUGGGGCUUUGCUCUAGUCCUUCCAGAAGAGAGCAGGGACGGGGUGCAGGGACUUCUGGGGUGCCCUCCCCAGCAACCUGGUGAUCUCCACACUUCCUCCAGGCCUCUAGGUCUGAACUGUGACCUGCCAAUCUGGCCUGCCUUCCCCUCCCCUGCUCUUCUCCCAAGAGGCGUCUGCCCCUGGCCAGAGAGCGGAGGUGGGGAGGCCACUGUGACGCCCUGGGCCUCAGGGGCUCGCCAUUCCCAUCGCCCAGGGCUCCCACCACGCACGUCAGGCAGGACAGAGGCUCUGGCUUCUAUAGAGGGGCAGCUCAGCCCCAGCCAAGGAGGACCCCAGGUGGCUGUCCUGCGCCUUGCCUGCUCCCCUCUCCCCAUCACUGCCCCCCUGCUUGGCCCCUUCUCUGUUUAGAACUUGCUCUCUCUGCCUGUUUCCCCACCCCUCCCCCACCUCCCAUUCUCCUGCAGCUCCAUGACUCUCUCCCGGCUGCUGCUUCUACAGACCAGUGCCUCCUUUGGAUCAAAGGGACAGAGACCCAUUAGCAGACGCAAAUAAUGGUACUCCAGGCUAUUGGUCUGGGAGUUAACUGGGUAGCUCCCCAGUCGCUCCCCUGAAGGGGGCAUUGGGCGCCAGGCAGAUCCAUGCCCUCAGCUCUACUGGGGGGCUGCCCCCGCCAGCCCAUCCCUUCUCUGCCUCCAGCCUGGGGGGUGGGCAGGAUAUGACAGCCACCUGGAGAGCAGACAGUGAACAAAGCAGCAUCCACUCCCUGGAGACUAGAGCCUGGGGUGGGGGAGAGAAGGGGCUCCCCCAUUCUCAGAGCCAGGGUACCUCCCUGGGCUGGAGCUGGGGGAAUCGGCUUCAGACUAUUGGGUGAAGGUAUGAUACUAAAAAUGUGACUGCCGUCACAGUCAGACUCCAAAAGCAAAGACCUUAAACUGGGAUUUUAGAUCCUCAGUUCCACAUACAAUAUGUAUGGCCCUUUAAAAAGGGGGGCGGGGCAGGGAGACCUCCCCAGUGUCAGCCCUGGGAAUUUUUAAUCUAAUCCACAGAGAAAUCAAUUGACUGAUUCCUCUUACUUAUUCAAGAAUUCCAAAGCUCUUGUUCCCCCCCUCCCCUCAAGGCUCACUAUCACAUGAAUCAGGAGGGGAUUGAGCUGGGGGUGAGGGACACAGCCCUGAAGUCCCCAAUGGGGCAGUGUCACUGGGUCUGUGAGGCUGUGAGGACAGGGAUAAGUCUGCUUUCCUUCCUUACAAACACAUAAACCUUCUCAAGGGCUGGUCCCUAAGGGUUUAUGAGACUCUUUGGUCCAGAAGGUGAGGCUAAGAGGGUUGGGCUGGAGGCAAUCAACUGUUCCUGGAAACGAACGUGUGUCUGUCACAGCUGGUCCCCUCUGCCCACUGCUCUCUAAUCCAGCCCUUCAAGUCCCCUUGAAGGCUGCCUGCUGGGGCAGAGGGGAAAGGACGUGAGUGGGUGAGAAUCCCCUCCCCGGGUGUCUGCACACACAUAUAUCUGAACCAGAAACCCGAUUUCAUUCUGUGUCUGAAGCAUCAUCUCAGCACCAAGUCCUCCAGCCCUCAGGACGAUGCUCCUCCCAGCCCUGUGUGUCUGUCUCAGGGGUUGUUUGAUAGAUUGAUUCCAAAACAUUUCUCAUCCCAGCAUUCCUGCUGCCCAGUUUAAAACCUCUGGUAUCACUCGGAUCAAAAAAUUCUACCUGAACCAUUACUUCUUUUAAAUGAUUCUUCUGCUUCACCCUUGGGCUUGGAAGGAGUGA